UGCCAAUCAAAAAACACAGACGACACCAUGGCGACCGACAAGUCCGACGUGGACGUGCUGACCUCCGUGCUUUCGGCCAUGACCGUGCGCCACGACGACGACAACCUGGUUACGCAGCGCCCUGCUGCCACGUUGAAGGAGAUCCUCGAAAAGAUCCGCGCCAACAAGGACCAGAUCCGCGAGCUGGACCUCAAGGACAUGGCAGCCAAGAAGCGCAAGCUCCGCUCCCCUGGCGGAGACCUCGUGGGCCGCGUGUUCCAGCUCAACCGCACAGUACUGAAGCUGUUGCUACCGGGCCACGAGAUCGAAGACGCGGGCGCCAAGAGCAUGGGCAACAUGCUUAGAACAAACAACACUCUGCAACACUUGGACCUUAGGGGCAACGAGAUCACUGCCGACGGGGCGCGCGCUAUUAGCGAUGCUCUCUACGGCCACGAGACUCUGGAGCACUUGGGUCUGUCCAGCAAUAAACUGGGGGACGAAGGCGCUAAAGCUGUGGCCCAAGUGCUUCCAUAUAAUAUCUCGCUAAAGUACUUGGGACUCGCCAAUAACGGGAUAGGCGAGGAAGGAGGCAAAGCCCUAUUAGAAGCCGUGCUGCAGAACCGGUCGCUGGUUAUGGUGCAGCUGGUCAAGAACGACAUUCCACGCGAGAUACUCGACAAGAUCCGAGCGGCGUUGGUCGUGAAUAAAUUCAUGCAGAAGAAAGCCCAGCGAGACGAGGAGAAGGAACAGAAGAAAUACGAGGAGACGGACAAGGAGCUGGCCAGGAUGAGGGAGGAGGCGCUCAGCAACCAGAAUGAAGAGGAGAGCUCCAGUGACGAAGAUGAAGACGACGAGUCUCUGUGGAUUUAAGCGCUUUGAGGAGAUAAAUAAGUGCUGCAUAGCUGGCAUUUAACAGAACCGAGGGUGAAGGUUAUUUUUUUUUUAAUAAAUGCAUGUUUGCCACUUGGAAACUUGAAAAAAGUGGCAAACAUUUGACUUACGCAACUGUGA